CCCAGUAUGUAUACGUUUGAGAAAAACAAUAAAAUCCUGGAAUAUUUUCAAACGAAACAAGGUUCUCUCGGUGAUCUCCGACCAAAACAAAUAAGAAAUCGCCAGGUCAUGUCUCCAAGGCGUCUCCAAGAUUUAACACCAACUCUUACUGGAGAAGUCAGUGUAAAAUCUUCUACUGAUGGAAGUGAUUGUUGGAUCACAGGAAUGGUAGCUAUAGCUCCUGAUACACUUGUGUGUACUGAUUAUGACAAUUACUCGGUGAAGCUGAUUGAUACCAAAUCUGAUAAAACUACUUCUAAGCUCAAACUUUCAUCAGGGCCUUCGGAUUUAACAUACGUUUCAUACGAUCAGCUAGCAGUUACUGUGACCGACGAAAAGAAAAUAUGUUUCUUGUCCUUUAGAAGUGGUCUGUCAAAGACUCGCGACAUUGCUGUUGAUGGAAAGUGUCUUGGAAUAGCCUACAGGAAGAACAGUCUUGUUGUAUCUUAUUUCGAUCCUCCAAAAGUGGAGAUUCUGAGUCUUUGUGGGAAAGUUAUACAGAAGAUUGAUACUGACAGCAGUGGGAAGGCUUUAUUUAGGAAUCCGCGGUACGUAGCUGUAGACCAUGAUUGUUACUGUAUUUUCGUUUCUGAUUUCUUGGAUAAUUCAGUGACUAAGGUCACUACAUCAGGAAAGGUACUUAAUACAUACAAAGAUACAAACCUCUUGCACCAGAAAGGCAUUGCCGUUUACAGCGACGGGUCAGUGCUAGUUUGCAACUGUGGAAAAGACAAUUUACAUCUGCUGUCAUCAGAAAACAAGAAAACAAAGACUGUGCUGAACAAGUCAAAGAGUCCACAGGCCUUGUGCUUUAAUAGAGAAUCAGAUUCACUUUUUCUGAGUUUUCUCGGAUCAAAAUGUAACACAAUUCUCAAGUACAAGCUUACUUAAUCACCUUGCAUAGAAUGAUAGGAAUGAGCUGUUGUUGAAGAUAAGUCGUGAAAAGUUUUAAAUAUUUGAUUCAUCUGUAAUAAAUUAUGGCACGUAUUUCGUUUAUGCAACUUUUGAAUUGCAUGGUGUAUAUACACAGACAUCUUGUAUUAAAAAAAAAAUAAAGUUGUUUGUGAAGAUGACUUAGUAGAUGCGGUUAGGUUUUCUUGUACUGAUUGUUUGCCAAGAUUAAAAAGAAAUAAAUGCAUACGAACCUAUUUGUUCACAAUUGCCCUUGAAAAAUGUGGCCCAUUGAAGUUUUUCGUACAUAAAGAUUCUCUGGGCUAUAUUUCUAUGCAGAUGAUUUUAUUUCAACCAAACAAAAUUAUAGUACUAUCAAAUCUGUUCAAUGUGUAUU